UCGUGAAUGUAAAGGUGGAUGGAACAUUAACAAAACGAGUUUGGACAUGUCCGUCAACUGUUUAUGUUCAUUCAUUUGAAAAUGGAGAAGAAGCAACAGAGGGUAACAGUGAAGAGAACAACAGUUUCUGGACAGGGGAAAGUUAAUGAAAAAGGAGGAAAAGUUGGAAAAGCAAAAACUGUUGGUGUGAAGUCAAAAAUUAAGGCAGUGCCUGCAAAAAAGCAAGCAACCAGAGUACCAAAGAAAACCAAGCCAGCUCCACAUGUAGAGCCAGGCUAUACCCUUUACUCCAGUUUGUCUGAGGAAUCCUCAACCCAGGAGACAUGUGUCAGGCUUUUUAAUCAGCUGAAGGAGAAAACAGAGGAAGUGGGCCCCCAGACACAGUUUAAUACACGAUUAUCCUCCUCCACACCAGACCCGGACCGGCUGUAUGUUGACUUGGACCAACAGCUAAUUCCAGAGAGGGAUACCACUUCUCCAUUGUGGAAGACUGUACUGGCAUCUCAACAAGUAUCAGCAACUAGGGAGUCUUGUAUCACAAAUCAGGGGCAUACUUUAAACCAAUGGAGGACAGAGGGUACUGCUUACUUUGUUCCUUUGAAGACACCUGCAUCUCUAGCUAGUGAUAAACCACUAACAUAUUAUACCCCACAUAAUCAGGAUGUACCAGUCCUACAAACUAACAGUGAGGGGUUUGUGCCAAUCACUACUGGAAUUGACAGUGAUUUGGAAAGUCUUCAACAGUUUCCAAUCAAAGAAACCCUGCCAAGUGGUCAAACAUUCAAUGUUGGGAGUACUGCAAGUGGUCAAACAUUCAAUGCUAGGAAUUCUGACAGUCAUUCAGAUAAUUUGACAACUCCAGAAACCAGUAGAUCUGGGUAUGUCAGCUUGCCAAAGCCAGCAGGUGGUGGUGUGAUUCCCAUGCAACAAUCUGCUGUUCCACUUUACACGCAGCAAAAUGGCCUCUAUCAAUUGAGGCCCCAGGCCCCUCAACAACCACAAGUAAGACCUCCAUUCUCAAAAGAUUCAACACUUCAGUCCAGUGAAAUCCCAGAUGCUCCUCUAAGAGGAAGGUUAUUUGAGCAUUAUGCCAGUGGGCAAAUGUCAUACCCUUCUCCAGUACCAGAGGACCAGAAACAGUAUCACUUCGAGGGCAGUUAUUUACUCACACAGGCAGUUAUACCAGAAAGAGACACUCCUCCAUUCACUGUUCCUGGCCUAAAUUUAUCCGGAGGACAGACUGAAAAGGAUGUGAAUCUUCAUGAUACUUUGUCUACCAUAACUGGGUCAGUAAACCAGUCAGUAGAUACUCCACGGACAUUAACAAGCUCAGGUUCACCGAAGAGUAACCAACAAGUUACACCCAAAAAUUCCUCCAGCUCAUCCAGCUCAAAGAGUGUUCAUUUUCAAAUUCCAGACAAUUUUGUGAAGAAUUUAUCAAAAAGCAGUAAAACUAGUCACCAAACACAAACAGAUGAUGGCAGCUUAUCUCAGCAAGCAGGAGCAGGCAACCAAUUUAUUUCUGUAGGGGUACCAGCUACCUCUUAUUUUUCUGUUGAUUCAUCUGUGCAAACCCAGCAACAAGUAGAACAGUUAUCAUCUGAUCAUGAUUCUUCACAGUUAGUGACCUCUUCUGUAAAGAGUGAUGUCCCAAAUCCGUGGAGUGGUGUGAAGGCUAAAGCAGGCAUGAAGAAACUAAGAUACUGUCUAAAGGAGCUCAAGGAAUGUGGCAAAAUCAACAAAGACAAAGAAAUCAAGAGGCUCGUUAAAGAAGUUGAGGAUACACUAGAAACAAUUCCUCAGCUGAAGAGUACAUUCAGUCUACAGGCAGAAAUAGACCUGGCUAUACAACCUCUACGCAGUGAAAAUGCACAGCUCAGAAGGCGACUUCGUUUACUGAGCAAGCAAACAAAAGGAGGAGUUACUCAGCUAACAGAUCAUAAGAUGGAAGCAAAGAAGAUGGAAGACUCUCUGUUACAAAGCAAAUUAACAGCUUUACAGAAGGAACUUGUGGCAGAAAAAGAAAUGAAAGUGAAACUAGCAACAGAAAUGAAAGAAAUGCACACACAAAUGCAGAAAAUGAAAGUUGAAAGAAGUAGAUUCAUUGCUUCAAUCAGUGAAAAGGAGACAGAUGAGCUGAAGAUCAGACAGGAAUGUCUCAGUGAAGCUCACCAGUUCAGGAGUGAUUUAGACAGACUUCACCGACAGAUUAAGGGAGCCCGCAUACAGUAUGAGGCCCUAGAGAGGGAAAAUCACAUUCUGCAAGUCACACUACAGCAAAGGGAUAAUGAGAUGAAACAGCAGAAAGACAUGAUGGAAGCCCUCAAAUCUGCAGUUGGACAGGUUUUAGAAGAACUUGAGAGCAGUAGGACAGGAGGAGAGACCUCAUUUAUAUCCAACAACAGCUUCAGUUUGCAGAGGCUUCUCCAUAUACUGGGAGGAAAACAGACAGCUGGAAUGGAGCGCAGUGUGCUUUCAGAUCCUGGAGUUCACUCUACUUCCAAUGUUUAUAAACCACAUUUAAGAACCUCUACGCUCACAGCUGAGUCACUGGCAACACACAACAGAUUACAGCAACCCUCUAGGACCAUCACCAAAAAAUAUGAAAAGGACAGGGAACCAGGUUACAGUAUGGUUGAUGGGGCACCAGUUGAUUAUAAAAGCAGUAUGUCAGAUACUGAAGUGGAGUAUCAGACUUUUGAUUCUCAUAAGCACACAAGACGAAAAUCUCCAUCACAGAGGCAAAGAAGUCUAUCAGGAGAUGGACGGCUUAUAGAAAAGGUUGGCCCUCGAAUGACAAAAUACUCUGACUUUCAUGAAAGAGAUGGAAGUUAUUUGACAGGAAUACAAAAGAAACAUAACAGAAGUGAUAAUGUAUUUAUGGCAAAAAGUCAGAAACUCCGAUUUGAAGAGGACGAGACAUUCCCUAAAAGUAGUUAUCAUGGUAGAAAGUACAAUUUCAAUGAAGAAACAAGGUCAGACUUGGAUACACAAUCAAAGUUCAGUGUUGCUGAAUCCAGAUACAGUGUUACUGACUACUUCAAAAAGUAUCCUUCUUCCAGUGCAAAGCUUCAGAACCACUCAAGAAAUACAUUAAGACACCUUGACACUUUUGAUACAAGUGAAAUGUCAAAGCCUAGUAAUCUCUCUACAGACAAACCUCAUCAUAGAUCCUUAAGUCAGCCAGAAAAUUCUCUGUUUUCUAGGAGUGAUGGUCCACAUUUCUCUUCUCCUCAAAAACCAACCUCACAGCAAACGUCCUUGACACAGCAUUCAAUUACCCAGAAGUCUCUGCUUUCACCCCAAGAUCAGUUAUAUAGGGGAACAGCUCUAGACAAUUCCAUUAGUGCUAUUGAUGAUGAUAACUUUUCUAGUGUUUCAGGGAGGUCUCCAUCAUCAACUUCUAUUGAUGAGAGGGCAUUCAAGAAGGGUAUUGCUAGCUUAGAUGCUAACAUCCUGAAACUGCAACUGACACUGCAAAAAACUAAAAGCAUGUUGUCCUGAGGACAAUUUAACUCAUAUACAUUAAGUUAAUGAACAUUGUGCAUUACUAAAAAUAUGUUUCUGUAUCAGUAUUAUAGAUUUGUUAAUUUAUUGUAUUAUUAAUUUUCAGUAAUGGAAUAAUAUAUUGAUUGUCAAGGGCAGCAAGAUAUUUUCUUCACAUUCAUACUUGUUUAA